UCAUUCUAUAGUUAUAAACCUGUCAAGACUAAAACAUACACACGGAUUUAAACAUUGUCUCUGCUCUAUAUAAUUCGCUCAAAUUUCACAGUGCGAUUUAAUAAUUAUGCUUAUAAUUAUGAAUUGACGGUAAUACAUGUAAUAUAAUGAUCAAAUCGCCCAGAAUGUUUCUUCUAAUGUCCCUUGUUUGGGCCUUGUGGUUAAUGAUUAUUUCUAUGGCCAAUGGAGCUACUACUGGAAUACGGGAGCAAGCCGUUUUUAAAUUUAAACAUCAUAACAAUAAGGAAAUGUAUGAGACUUUGUUAACAAUACACAAAAAAUGCCCAAGAAUUACUAGUGUAUACAGUCUGUCAGAAACUUCUGUUGAAGGUCGCCCUCUAAUGACUAUUGUAUUCUCAUUACAUCCUACAUUGCACAAGCCAAUGGUCCCUGAAUUUAAGUAUAUAGCUAACAUGCAUGGAAAUGAAGUACUAGGAAGAGAACUAUUACUUAAAUUAGCCGAUUUCCUAUGUGAAGAAUUUCUUGCUGGUAACGAAGAAAUUGUUAAGCUAAUAACUAAAACUAGGAUACACCUAAUGCCAUCAAUGAAUCCUGAUGGAUGGCAAAAAUCAACAGAUGACGGAGGAAGCAAUUACCUAGUGGGAAGAGAUAAUGCGGCUGGGGUAGAUUUAAAUAGAAAUUUUCCAGACUUGGAUCGCAUAGUAUACGACAAUGAAGCAUACUAUAAAGAUAUUAACAAUCACUUAAUGCAAAUGUUAGAUCAUUUGCAAUUUCCGAUACAACCAGAGACAAAAGCUGUAAUGAAAUUGAUUAUGUCCAUACCAUUUGUAGCAUCUGCAAAUCUCCACGGAGGUGAUUUAGUCGCAAACUAUCCAUAUGAUGCUAGUAGGUAUGGAAACGUACAAGGUGAAUAUGCUAAAAGUCCAGAUGAUGAUACAUUCAGAUGGUUAGCUCUAUCAUACGCAAAUCAACAUGCUGAUAUGGCUAACGCUAAUAGAUUACCAUGUAGAGGAGGUGAUAUAAAUUUUGGUAAAGAAGGUGGUAUAACAAAUGGUGCUAAGUGGUACAGUGUCAGAGGAGGUAUGCAAGAUUUUAAUUACUUGUCGUCUAAUGAUUUUGAAAUAACUUUGGAGUUGGGUUGUGAUAAAUACACCCCUGAAAACGCAUUAGAAAAAGAAUGGGAAAGGAACAAAAAUGCGCUUAUCAAUUUAAUUUGGCAGGUCCAUAUAGGGGUAAAAGGUUUUGUUCAAGAUUCUGUUACAUUACAACCAUUACAAAAUGCGUUCAUUAGAGUAGUAAACGUGACAAAUGGUAUUGAGACACCAAUUUUUCACGAUAUAACGUCAGUUCAAAAUGGUGAUUACUAUAGACUUUUAACGAACGGAGAAUACCGAAUUACUGCCUCCGUGGACGGUUAUUUGUCAGAAACUAAAAUGGUAACAGUGGAAAAUAAACAAUACAACGAAGCAAAAAUGCUAAAUUUUGUUUUACAGCCAAUAAUUCAACCUCUAUUCAAUGAACAGCAUAAACGACUGGCUUUAUAAAAUCUAUAUGUAGAUGGAGCAUCACACCAUGUUUAAUUUACUCAUGAAUUAGUAUUACAUCAAUAAAUAU